CAUUGCCAACUGCCCAGUGCCCAUGCGCACGCGGCCAGACGGCCCACACCCCCUGGCCCAGAUUCUCAGCACAGGCCACAGACAGCACACAACACUCACGUGACCGCGUCUCACACAUCUGAAUCUUUUGAUUCUUCUUUCAUUCUCUGCGUUCUCACUUCUCAGUUCCCGUUCACUUUCGUUUAGGGUUUCAUACUUAAAUAUUUCGUCGCCGUCGUCGAUUACCGCCCAUCGCUUGCUCGCGGAGCCUUGUGAAUCUGUGACAAUCCUCGCCUUGUCGCUCGUCGUUACAGUGGUUUUACUUUCGUCGUUGUCGUCGUCGACUACCGCCCAUCACUCACUUGCUGCUUCAGCUUCACGAACCACGGAACCAGGUCUACUCCAUAUAAGAUCAUACGACGUCGUUUUGAUGAUAGUUAACAGAAGACCCAAGCCCAACUCGGUAGUUUUAUGCACUGUGCGCCUUCGCGGUUGGGGACUGAGCACUUCUACUCUCAGCUGCGCGGCUGACCACCACGACCUCCUCCUCUGCACGACCGCCGUGCGCUAGAACAUCUGUCUCGCUCUUAUCCAGAUUCAAGAUCAGAUCCCCUCUCUCUUUGAGCGUCUUCACUGUUUUGGCGUAGGGAGAGAAAGAGAGAAGGUUGCCUCCCUCUGCUGUUACAAUGGCGCUGAGAAUGGCGAUGCUAAAGAGCACCAGGGCAAACAUGUGGUGCAGGAUAGGGCUGAGAAGGUGGACUCAUGUGGUUGCCCAACCUGCGACACCUGAUGGGAUCAUAGGCCAUACGGCCGUAUCGCCACCGUUGGUUUUGCCUGAGUUUGACCCAAACUCAAAGAACAAUCUUGAACUCCCGAGAUUCUCCUUUGGUGGAUCAAUGGAACUUAUGGCCGUCCCCAAGAAGAAGGUUUCUCCCCACAAGAGAGGCAUAAGAAAUGGACCAAAGGCUUUGAAACCUGUUCCAGUGAUAAUCCGGUGCAAGAGUUGCGGAAGAGUUAAGCUGCCACACUUCUAUUGUUGCAGCGGGCAGAGGGGAAACACUGGUGAACAAAGCGGUCCAGCCAAUUGAUUGCACCCUAUUCUAGUGAAGCUCCAAGACUGCAGUGGAGACAACUAAGUGUGCAUCUUCCUCAUUUUGGUCCGGAACUGUUUGUAGUUUGCGGGGGUUGCUUUGUACAUAGCUUGUGUCUUUUAGUUGGUACUUCUAAAUCAAAUCUUUAUAUUACAAUGGCAUUAUCCACCCCAUUGAGUUUGCAGAGAAAUCAUUGGCCUUUAACAUUUUUGUAGAUGUCUUUUUGCACAUGAGCCCCAAAUGUCAGGAUUUUGCUGUUACAAUUUAAGUAAAGAUUUUUGUUA